AUGAGUAGGUGGCUCAAGAAUGGUUCUAUUGCUGCAAAUUUGAAUGAGGAUGAGAAGACAUGGCUUGAACAGUUAUUUGAAAAAGCCGAAGGCCACCAGUUCUAUACACUGGUUAGACCUGCCGCCCGUCGCAUGGCGGAGUACUGUUUCAAGGAGGAGUCAAACGUGGAAGUGACCAUGUCUGCAUUCAGCUAUUUGAAGUAUUACUGGUACAAGAUUGGGACUCUGGAUAAGGUCCAAAGUCAAGACACCUCGCCGACUAUCAUUUCUUCAGUUGAGGAGCUUUGUAAAUCGGACAAUCUCGCUUCUAACCCAGAUGCUAUUUGGGAGACUCAAAUGGCAAUUGUCUUCAAUGGUUUCUCUCAUGCAUCCCAAGCUGAAGUAAGAUGUCGUGAAGCGCUGAACAGAGACGAAAAGUACUGGAGGGCGGCCCUUCUCCUCUCCAAGGUAACCAAGUCGGAUACAGAGGCAAUCGACAACCUCAAGAAACUGAUGAAACCCUUUGAGGCCGAUCCUAGCUUAAUGGAAGCCCACAGCAAAGAUUCUGUCGAGAUGUUAUUCAUUCUGGGAAACCGAUACUGGAGUACAGAGAGCCUAGACAAGGCUGUGGAGAAAUUCAGUCAGUGCAUUAAUCAGGAUCAUGCCAAUUAUUCCCACACCCGAGACAUUCUCGGGCGUUACCAAGAUGGACAGCGAUGGGAAAACGUCAUUGAGCUUCUUGAACAGCUACGUGCGAAAUCCCAUCUCACAACUAUGGUAGUCAACCUAGCCAAUGAGACAAGAUUCCAUGUGAUUGUUGUUCACGCAGUGACUGCAACCAAGAAGUAUUCUCUCUUGGAUCAAAUCUAUCUUGAUGCGAUUGAAACGGCGGCAAGGAACCGGAACUACAAUGGUGCAUUUUACCUUCGAGAGUCUUAUGCAGGCGCAAUUGCUGUGAUUCCCGAGUUCUCUCUCGAAAAGAUCACAACUCUCUUGGAGAUAGCCGCAAAAGAAGAUAUCCCGUACACUACCCUGGACGCCACUGUUGCAUUCUUCCAAGUGGGCUACCGACUUGGCAGAAUCUAUCUAGAUAAAGCAGUGGAAGCCAAGAGAGCCGGAAACCCCGAGCUGGCAGUGGAGACAUUAAAGAAGAUGUCUAGUGUUGUACCCGAACAGGUGAAUGAGGACCAAAUGCGUCUACCUCUUCGCCUGUUCUCCGCACGAUACUACAAGGAGCAGAAUGAUCUUGUAAAUGGGCGAAAAAAUGGCACACACCACUCUCAAAAUGCCCAUUGA